GAAAUAAGGUAUGGGGACUUUAAGUACAUUUGGUUCUUACAUGGCCAUGGUGGUGGUACAAUUCGGUUAUGGUGGAUCCAACAUCCUCAUGAAGAUUGCCAUCAACAAGGGACUCAGUCAAUUUGUCUUUAUAGUCUACAGACACCUAAUUGCCAUGCUCUUGUUAGGCCCUUUAGCCUAUUUCCUUGAGAGGAAACAACGCCCUUCUCUUUCACUUCGCUUGAUGAUCAAGAUUUUCAUUUUAUCCACACUUGGGACUACUCUCCAUCUCAAUGUCUACUAUAUUGGCCUUGAGUACACUUCCCCAACUGUUGCUAGUGCCUUAAGUAAUGUCAUCCCUGGCUUCACAUUUGUCAUGGCACUUCUGCUCAGGUUGGAGAAAGUAAGGAUUGAGACUGCUAAGGGGAGAGCAAAGAUCUGUGGUACAUUGAUAUGUACUGGUGGAGCUAUGAUUUUUAUAUUCUGGAAAGGAGGUUACCACUUCAAAAGCUUCACCAGAAGCCCAUUGAUCGACAUUACUAGAGGUUCUGUUCAUGGAUCAACAAGGCACCACAAAGAGGACUGGGUCAAAGGUUCACUUCUUAUUCUAACCAGCAAUAUUGCCUGGAGUGCAUGGCUCAUACUACAGUCACUGGUCUCCAAUGUCUAUCCAGCGCCAUUUUCAUUGAACACUUUGAUUUGUUUCUUUGCUUCUUUGCAAUCUUCGGUUCUCGCUCUCUUUUUCGAAAGGGACCCAACAUCAUGGAGACUUGAAUGGAAUGUCCAACUCUUGACCAUCAUCUACUGUGGAGUUGUUACCUCAGCAUUGGGGUACUGCCUACAAACAUGGUGUAUCAGCCAGAAGGGACCAGUUUUUGCAGCCAUGUUUUCUCCUUUGCAACUGGUGAUUGUCGGCAUAUUCUCAGCCAUUGUCUUUGCAGAGCGGCUUCACAUGGGAAGCUUGAUCGGUGCAUUACUCAUUGUCAUUGGUCUUUAUACCGUAUUAUGGGGCAAGUGCACAGACAGUUGCAGUGAAGGGAAGGCUGGGAACGAUGAUAAAAGUUCUACUCUUGAUCAUCAGACACUAGAGAUCUCCAUAGCUAAUCAACCCUUAAGCAUGACCAACCCAACCACAAUUGGAAAAAACUGACCAGUUGUACUUC